UGCUCUGGGUCGCGGGUUUCUAGGGGUCGCUGCGCAGCGGCGGGAGCAUUUCCGCAGCGGGUCUCGGGCCGCCGAGCGCCGUCUUCAUCCAGCGCCAUGGCCGUGGUCGCUGUCGGCCGCCCGGGAGCCGCGCGCUGCCCGCUGUUGCGCCUGCUGUCAUUCCUGCUGUUGGCCGGUUCUGCGCUGUGCUGGAACGACCCUGACAGAAUACUACUGCGGGAUGUGAAAGCUCUAACCCUUCACUAUGACCGCUACACCACCUCCCGGAGGCUGGACCCUAUUCCACAGUUGAAGUGUGUUGGAGGCACAGCUGGUUGUGAUGCCUACACCCCCAAAGUGAUACAGUGCCAGAACAAAGGCUGGGACGGCUAUGAUGUACAGUGGGAAUGUAAGACCGAUUUGGAUAUUGCAUACAAAUUUGGAAAAACGGUGGUGAGCUGUGAAGGCUACGAGUCCUCUGAAGACCAGUAUGUCCUCAGGGGUUCCUGUGGCUUGGAGUACCACUUGGAUUACACAGAACUCGGCCUGAAGAAACUGAAGGAGUCUGCAAAACACCAGGGCUUCUCUGAUUAUUAUCGCAAGUUGUACUCCUCAGAUUCCUGUGGCGUUGGCGGGCUGGUCACCAUUGGGGUACUGCUUGCUCUUGCCUUUGUGGUUUAUAAACUGUUCCUCAGUGAUGGCCAGGCUUCUCCUCCACCGUAUUCUGAGUACCCUCCAUAUUCCCAGCGCUAUCAGAGGUUUGGCAAUGCUGCAGGUGCGCCUCCGCCUGGCUUUAAGUCUGAGUUCACAGGACCACAGAACACUGGCUUUGGGAGUGCUUUUGCAGGACAAGGCUGUGACAGUUCAGGCCCGGGGUUCUGGACUGGCCUGGGCACUGGAGGACUGUUAGGAUAUUUGUUCGGCAGCAAUAGGGCGGCGACCCCCUUCUCAGACUCAUGGUACUACCCAUCUUACCCUCCUUCCUACUCUGGCACCUGGAAUAGUCGUGCCUACUCACCACUGGGUGGAGGCGCAGGGAGCUAUUCUGCAUCCUCGAACUCAAAUGCAGACUCGAGAACUAGAACAGCAUCAGGAUUUGGUGGCACCAGAAGACGGUAAAAUAGAAAGUUGGCGGCAAACAUUGGAUGCAAAGUUUCUGAUUUGUCAUCAUCAUCUCUUUAACAUCUGGAUAAUGGGAAUAUCGGAACGUUGCGUGGUGUUUUGUCCUUGU